GAGUUCCAAACGCGAAACUUCAGUAUGUCGCUCUCGAUUGACUGCGCUUUGUGGAAGAUACUAACAUUCGUGUAGGCAUCUACGGACAAUGGUAGGCUAACGUUCCUCGGCUGUAUACAGCUUCAAUCAUAGCUAUUGAGCUGUUAAGCCACUUUGCGACAUGAUCCAUACCGAAUGAACUACGACGUAACAACCGACUAACACUACUUGUGUAUAGGCUUGGAAUUCUUUCCAUGAUCAUCUGUCUGGCUGUUGGAAUCGCCAACAUCUUUUCGUUUAAUGUAGUUCGCAUUAUCUUCUGCGCCUUUGCUAUCGCAUCGGCCUUUGUCAUUCUUUUCAUCGAGGUCCCUCUUCUUCUCCGAAUCUGCCCAACCUCCGGCAAGUUCGAUGAGACGAUUCGCAAGAUCUCGACCAAUUAUAUGCGCGCGGCCGCCUACGGCGUCAUGUCUGCUCUGCAGUUCAUUAGCAAUGUCAGCGGUGCAAGCAGCUUGAUUGCUGCUGCUGUCUUCCUGCUACUGACUGCUCUUUGCUACCUGCUUGCCGGUAUCAAGGGUCAGGCCUUUGUCGGCAGCAAGACCCUCGGUGGUCAGGGCGUCGCGCAGAUGAUUGUGUAGACUCGCCAGCUGCCAGCCCGACCAAUUUCGUGGCUCUACCACAAAGCGAACGAACCACUAUCUAAGUUGAUAUCUUGCACCGUGGAGUUCGCCGAGUACAGGAGGCACCUAAGGCUUUCCAUAGCUCGCAGGUGCAGGAGGACGGGGAUGAUGAUGGAAAAUCUGCUUAUCUCGACGAUUUAGGUUCCUGCCAAGAGCAGCGGCCUGUAUACCCAGCUGGAUUUGGCGUCUGGGAUGAGGAACGGCUCAUGUUUUGAUUGAAGUUGAUGCCAUUUCGUGAACGAGUUUCAACGACUGCGUUAUUUUGAGUUAUUUCGCUAAAAUUUGAAUUCAUUUCUUGUAUUUCUGCUCAUGAGAUGAUGCUAUGAUGGUGUCGAUGUUGCUUCAAUACAUUUACCCAC